GAGAGAGAGAGAGAGAGAGAGAGAGAGAGAGUUAUGGAUACCCAGGAAACCAGUUUCAGUGUUCUUAUGCUUCCAUGGUUGGCUUAUGGUCACAUCUCUCCCUUCCUAGAGUUAGCCAAACAACUCGCAAAGAGAAACGUCCAUGUAUACCUGUGUUCUACACCUAUCAAUCUCAGUUCUAUCAAGGAAAGACUUGUUCAGUUGGAGGAUCAAUCUCUCUCAAUAGAAAUUGUGGAACUCCAUCUACCCUCCUCUCCUGAACUUCCUCCUCAUUACCACACAACCAAUGGUCUUCCAAUCCACCUCCAACCCACCCUAAGAAAAGCCUUUGAAAUGGCAAGCCCGAGCCUGUCCAACAUCCUCAAGACACUAAACCCCGACUUGUUUAUAAACGAUGUCGUCUAUCAAUGGCCUUCAGCAGUAGCUUUAUCGCAAAAUAUUCCGGUUAUUAAAUUUCAGAUUUCCAGUGCAGUCAUGGUUUCCUAUUUCAGUCAUUUACUGAAGACUCCGGAUGUUGAAUACCCUUUCCCCACCCUUUAUCUUCGUGAUUUCGAGUUAGCUAAGAUACGUCAUGCGCUUGAAGCUUCAACAAGCAAUGGCCCAGGGAGUGAUCACGAGCGAGAAGAAGAAGAUAGUUCAAUUAUUUUGUUGAUUAGAAGCUCUAACGAAAUUGAAGGAAAAUACUUCGAUUAUUCCUCCUCUAUGAUUAAGAGGAAGGUCAUGCCUGUUGGCCCUCUCAUUCAAGACCCUGUUAGCAAAGAUGAAAAUUUGGAGGUCAUCGAAUGGCUCGAGAAGAAGCAUCACUGUUCAAGCGUGUUUGUGUCCUUUGGGAGUGAGUGUUUUCUGUCCAAGGAAGAGAUGGAGGAAAUAGCAAAUGGGUUAGAGCUCAGCAAUGUUAACUUCAUUUGGGUUAUUAGGUUUCCAUUGGCAGAUGAAACUAUGGUUGAAGAUGCACUGCCUAAAGGGUUCCUUGAGAGAGUGGGAGACAGAGGAAUUGUAAUAAAGGGAUGGGCCCCACAAGCGAAAAUUCUAAGGCAUUCAAGUAUUGGUGGGUUUGUGAGUCAUUGUGGAUGGAGUUCAGUAUUGGAAAGCAUGGAGUUUGGCGUUCCAAUCAUAGCUAUACCCAUGCAGUUUGAUCAGCCUUUGAAUGCUAGGUUGAUGGUUGAAGUUGGUGUAGGGAUGGAGGUUUGGAGGGAUGAUAGUGGGAAGCUUCAUAGAGAAGAGAUAGCAAAAGUAAUAAGGGAGGUGAUAGUUGACAAAAGAGGAGAAGCUAUGAGGAGAAAAGCAAAAGAAUUGGGAGAGAAGAUAAGAUUGAAAGGAGACGAAGAGAUGAAUGGAGCUGUGGAGGCGAUAUCACAACUUUGUCAGAAGAGUAAGGCGCAGUAAUGGUCAUAUCAUCAUAUCUCCACGGUUGGUUUAGUGGUACAACUUCUAUGUCCAAACAAUGUUCUGUAGGGUUACGUUUUGUUGAAUUUGCUUUCAUUCUCUUAUGUGCUCAAUUGGAUGACUGUAAUCCUAGUGGAAAAUAGUUAUCUCAUUUCUAAUAAAGUG